AUGUCUACAAACGAAGCAGCUAUCUCAGACGAGGAAGAUACAGAAAUCCUCCAUGGGUUUGGGGCUCAACCUAUAUCCAGAAACCAAAUGAGAACAACAAAACGUUGGUCAUUCCACAACAACGCCCGACCAAAUUUAGUUGAUUUGCCGCUGGAAGUAGGUGGACCUCCAAGGAGGUUGAGUGACAUCACCGGAAUUGAUGGGGUCCAUAAACAGAUUGACUCGUUGAGUGAACUAGGAGGAGCGCAGUUGUACUCCACGGAGUCUGGUAGAUUGUUCCAUGCGGGGAAAAUCAUUAUCGCACUCGCUGGCUUACCUGGCAGAGGCAAAACUCACUUGUCUGUAUCGUUGACUAGAUAUUUGAGAUGGUUGGGGGUGAAGACACACUCUUUUCAUUUGGGUGACUACAGAAGAGCUAGCGCAGAAGACGACUUGACUCACGACUUGUUUGUCCCAAGCCCCAAAAGUGACAGAGCCCAUGCGUUGAGAGAAAAAGUUGCAAAUGAAUGUCUUAAUGAUAUCUUAAAUUUUUUCAAAAAUGACAAAGGACAAGUUGCUAUAUACGAUGCCGUGAACGCUAUUCCUGAAUUUAGAUUGCAAUUGCAUAGGAGAUUCAAAGAUUUGCAGAUACAAGUUUUGUUCAUUGAGAGUCUAGUGACUGAUGAUUCGAUUGUGAUGAAAAACAUCGAAGAAGCUGCAAAGUCAUCCCCGGACUACAAUAAUUGGGAUUACGACGCCGCGUACAAGGACUAUAGCGAGAGAAUUAGAGCUCUUGCUCCAUACUACCAGGAGAUGGGAUUGGAUCACGAAGAAAAAGACUUGUCUUACAUCAAGUUUAUAAACUUUGGAGAAAGAAUUGAAUUGCACAACUCCAACUACGGCUACUUGAUCAACAAGGUGGUUUUCUACCUCAUGAAUGGAAGCAUAAAAUCAGGAUCAGUUUUUUUGGCGAGAUGUUACAACAAUACUCUAGACUUUAAUCAGGACCCUCCAUUGGAUAAAGACGGAUUAGCAUAUGCUAAAAUUUUGACGGACACGGUGAUAGGGCAACUCAAAUCGGAGGGCAAGACUUACCUCGAUAAAAUAGAAGGAAAACCCGAAUUACACAGAGAGCCAUCUGUGGACAUGAGACAGCCGGCAGCUGGGGUAGAUGGUGUUAAUGACAAUUCUUUGGUGGUAUGGACGUCAGUGAAAAAGAGGACUAUUGAGUCAACCCAGUUCCUCCAGCAGAAAAACAUUAACGUGAGACAUAGAAUUCAGUUAUCACAAAAGAACCCUGGAGUAGUGGGAACCCUUAGUGAGGAGGAAAUUUCCAAGAAGUACCCUGAAGCGUAUGCCCAAUACAUUAAGGACCCUUAUCAUUAUCGUUUUUCCCGCGCAGAGUCCUAUCAUGACUUGGCAAUCAAAAUCGAGCCAUUGAUUUUGGAGAUGGAAAGAAUGAGUGGGGACUUGUUGGUCAUUGCAGACGAAACUAUUCUCAGAGUGUUACUUCAAGAGCGACGAAAUAAUUGA